AUGGCGGGCUUCCACGGCUGGGUGAUGGUUAUCGCCAAUCUGUUGGUUAUCCUAGGCAUACUCACGUUCUCUUCAGGCUUCUUUCCUUAUAAACCGUUAAUCCCUGGACUAGCAACUUUCGAUGACACAAGGGAGAAUGCCGUACCUGCGGCCUUUGAUAAAGUCAUCUUCAUGGUGGUUGAUGCGCUACGAAGUGACUUUGUAUAUUCGAAUGACUCGGGCUUCAUAUUCACGCAGAGCUUGAUCCGAUCUGGUGCCGCGUUACCAUUCACUGCCUAUGCGAGCUCUCCAACAGUUACGAUGCCUCGAUUAAAGGCUAUCACGACCGGUUCGGUUCCAUCGUUCUUGGAUGUUAUUCUAAACAUUGCGGAAUCAGAUACUACCUCAACACUGGCUUAUCAAGACACGUGGUUGGCACAAAUAAAGGCUACAGGAGGACGGCUUGCAAUGUAUGGGGAUGAUACCUGGCUUAAGCUCUUUCCGGGGAUGUUCGACCGAGCCGAGGGAACUACAAGCUUCUUCGUGUCGGACUUCACGGAAGUAGAUCAUAAUGUGACUCGACACGUUCCCAAAGAGCUUGCCCAGGAUGACUGGUCUGCGUUGAUCAUGCAUUAUCUGGGACUGGACCACAUAGGACAUAAGGCUGGUCCUAAGAGUCCCUUCAUGAUACCAAAACAGCGCGAGAUGGACUCUGUGGUGGCGGACAUCUAUACGGCAAUGCGACAGAAAGACCAUCUCCAAUCGACACUUUUCGUUCUGUGCGGAGACCAUGGCAUGAACGAGGCUGGAAAUCAUGGUGGAUCUUCUGCUGGUGAAACAUCACCUGCUUUGCUUUUCAUUUCACCUAAGUUUGAAGACUUGGGUGGGAGAGAAAGCCCCGUGGAAUCAUUGGGUGAUAUGCAGUACUACCAGACAGUUAACCAAGCGGACAUCGCGCCGACACUAGCGGGACUGCUUGGCGUCCCUAUCCCUCUGAACAGUCUUGGUGUAUUCAUCCCCGACUUCUUAGGGAUGUGGACUCAUGGUUCCCAUAAACUUCGGAUGUUGUCUCAGAAUGCAGAACAGCUGCUAAACUCGUUAAAAACAACAUUCCCUGGCUCGACGUUCGACAGCACUACAUCGUGUGCCUCUGAAGCUACAUCUGGAAUCGAAGGUGCACAAUGUGCCUGGGCUCGAGUCCAGCGGCUUCUCUCCAUCAGGGCCGAACCUGAGGAACUCUACUCUACCGCCGGUCCCGCUAUGUUGCAGUUUUUGAGAAUCGCACAGGAAGCAAUGAGUCGUACUGCUAGUAACUACGAUGUUUCCAGACUUGUUUUGGGCUUGUUGAUCACGGGCAUUGCAGGGCUCCUUGUCUCCCCGGCCACGUACAAGGAAUGCGCCCGCCACAGACCUUCUGGGUUGUUUUUGAUGCUUGUGGUGAUCAUCUAUGGGAUAAUGACGUUUGCCAGCAGCUACGUGGAAGAGGAACAGCAGUUCUGGUAUUGGAUCUGUUCGGGGUGGAUCUUCUUCUUGCAUAUCAAAUCGGUCUCAUCUGCUAAGAUGAUUCCCAAUAAACGCUUUGGAUCGUUGGCUUCUUGGUCUGUCGUGCUUGCCAUAUCCCAACGACUCUUGCGACGGUGGAACCAAACAGGUCAGAAGUUUGCAGCUGAGCCCGAUAUUGCUCGCACCUUUUUUGCACGCCAUCCGGAUAUCUUCUGGGUUCUUCUUAUUCUCACAUACUUGGAUGCUGGGCGCUAUCUGGUCAGAAGUAUAUCUGGAAUAAUGAGGCUGGGAGUCUUGGUCCCUGUUGUGUUGGCUUUUACAUUCAAAUUGCACUUUGUGGCAUCGGAGUCUCCUGAAUUGUUCGAGGAGACGUUUAUCGCCCCAAUUGUGAAGAAAUGGCCCUAUAGUCUAUCACUGGUUUUGCAUGCUAGACUAGUAUUUUAUGGGCUUGCUGUCAUUGUCCUACUAGCACUCUUUGUCGGAAAACGGUCGAGAGUUGCUCGAGCACCGAGUGAGACUAUCCACCAAGCUUUACAUAUCUUCUUGAUGACACAGUCGCGUGCCACCAAUGUCCCCUUGUUUCUGAUAUUUCGAGUCCAGGUCGACAUUCUCUCCUCCAUGGACCUCGCAGGGAUUGAAGUGACGAUCACCACCUUAAUCUUCCAGUAUAUGACCUUCUUUGCAUUUGGCGGCUCCAACUCAAUCUCCUCUGUAGACCUCGCCAGUGGAUAUAACGGCGUCGACAGCUACAACGCACUGCUAGUGGGGAUUCUCACCUUCGCGAGCAACUGGACAGGGCCUAUUUGGUGGGCUUCACAAAGUCAUCGCCUUCGACCCAAGAACUUCGCGAAAGAGGAUGUCUCGUCAUUGCUGACCUUCCAAGUCGCCAUGUCCCUGGUCUCUGUCAUGGCUGCCUGUACUGCGCUUCGGACCCAUCUGUUCAUCUGGACCGUGUUCUCCCCCAAAUAUCUUUACAGCAUGGCGUGGGCUACUGCCAUGCACGCUGUGAAUUUACUGAUGGAGGCCGUGUUUACUUGA